AUUCCGUGCCGUCGAAAAUCUAACUUUGCUUGGAUGCAUAGAUUAAAAAAAAGAUAUCUCAAACAUCGCUUUUUUAUUUACUCGUCUAUUUGUUCUAGGCAAAUGCAUCAUGUACGGGCUCAUCAUAGAAAACAUGGUGGAGUACAUAAAGCAGACAUACGGAGAAGACAAAUGGGAAGAGAUACGGAGAGCCGCCGCCGUAGAUCAACCCAGUUUCAGUACCCACCAGGUUUAUCCUGAAAGCUUGUUACCAAGGCUGUCUAAAAAAUCUGUACAGAUCCUUCGCGUGAGCGAAAAAGACUUCUUUGAGCAGAUGGGAGUAUUUUUCAUCUCGUUCAUCAGCCAAUACGGAUACGACCGCGUGCUGAGCGUACUGGGCAGGCACAUGCGAGACUUCCUCAAUGGCCUAGACAACCUGCACGAGUACCUGAAGUUCUCGUACCCACGCAUGAGAGCACCUUCCUUCAUCUGUGAAAAUGAAACUAAACAAGGGCUAACGUUGCACUACAGGAGCAAACGGCGGGGGUUUGUUUAUUAUACCAUGGGGCAGAUCAAGGAGGUAGCGAGACAUUUCUACCACAAAGAAAUGAAGAUAGAAUUAGUAAGAGAAGAACUCCUCUUCGACAUGGUACAUGUCACGUUCCAGUUAACAUUCGACAAUAGGGCCUUCACUCUAGCAUCGUUAGCAAUGACCAGGGAGGAGAAGCAUCUACCAAUCAGCGCUAGCGUUCUAUUCGAAAUAUUCCCUUUUUGUAUAGUUUUUGGCUCAGAUAUGUUAGUCCGUAGUAUUGGAAAUUCGUUGAUGGUGAUCCUGCCGGACCUAGUCGGAAAGAAGAUAACUAAUUGGUUCGAUUUGGUCCGACCACUCAUAUCCUUCAAAUUCGGUUCGAUACUCAACCGGACGAACAACAUCUUCGAGCUGGUGACUGUCGAACCAAUACUCAACGACAAUCCACCAGCGGAAUGCCGAAGACAUGAUGUGGCGCUGAGCGAUGAAAUGGAACUCUCUGAAGAUAGGAACCUAAGACUAAAAGGUCAGAUGAUAUACAUGGACAACUGGAAAAUGAUGAUGUACCUUGGAACGCCUGUGAUGCCAGAUCUCAACUCUCUAAUAAAUUCCGGACUGUACAUAAAUGACCUUUCAAUGCACGACUUUAGUCGAGACCUCAUGUUGGCGGGCACCCAACAAUCGGUAGAGCUGAAAUUAGCUUUAGACCAGGAGCAGCAGAAGAGCAAGAAGCUAGAGGAGUCUAUGAGGAAGCUGGAUGAAGAAAUGAGGAGGACGGACGAGCUGUUGUACCAGAUGAUUCCCAAGCAAGUGGCUGAUCGUCUGAGGAAGGGAGAGAACCCAAUUGACACCUGUGAGAUGUUCGACACUGUCUCGAUAUUGUUCUCCGAUGUAGUCACCUUCACGGAAAUCUGCAGCCGAAUAGCCCCUAUGGAGGUUGUUUCUAUGCUCAAUGGGAUGUACUCUAUAUUCGACAAGCUCACGGAGAGAAACAGGGUGUACAAGGUUGAGACUAUUGGGGAUGCGUACAUGGUAGUCAGCGGAGCACCAGAAAAAGAAGGCAACCACGCUGAACGAGUUUGUGAUAUGGCUUUAGAUAUGGUGGAGGCGAUCACUGAUCUCAAAGAUCCAUCUACAGGUCAGCAUCUGCGCAUCAGGGUAGGAGUCCAUUCAGGAGCCGUUGUGGCAGGGAUCGUCGGUCUGAAAAUGCCGAGGUAUUGCCUUUUCGGCGACAGCGUGAACACAGCGUCCAGAAUGGAGUCCACUAGCGAAGCGAUGAAAAUCCACAUAUCGCAGUACACCAAGGAACUCCUGCCGUCGAUUUACAAAGUGACGGAGAGAGGAGAGAUCCAGGUGAAAGGGAAAGGCACUAUGAAAACUUAUUGGUUACAAAACAAAGAAUCUCGAGCUCCAAUACUGCGAAACAACGAUACCAAACCGCUUUUAGGCGAAAUCGAAUAUGCCGUGCUCAACAAAGAAAAUGCUCUGGAAUCAGGAAGAACUGUUGCCUACUCCCCCAUUACGUUCAAAGAUGUUGCGCGAAGAAGUAUUGCAAGUUCACCAGUCAAAGCAAAUGCGAAAGAAUUGAGAUCGAACUCAGCUGGCGCCGUUUACGCGAUGGCCGAUCCUGGGGAUCUAUUUGGCUCAGUAGUCAUAGAUCAGGAUGACGCGAAUAGUUCCCCGCGGUCACCAACCUUCAGGAACAGAUCAACAACCGUUCCGACAAGAGCUAUAUGUAGUCAUCUCUCUCCAGAUAGUGAUAUAACACUGACGAUCGAACGGCCUUCAAGUGUAACACCAACAUCCUGUACAAUGGUAAAUAAUGCUUCCCAAACGGAUGAUUUAGAACUGCAAUCAAAGACAAGUAAACCAUCUGCACCAGAUCAAGAAUCACCUUCUAAACAGCAAUACGAGUUCGGCAAAUCUAUGCAUGAGUAUGCCAAGAAAAUGGACAACCGUAAGGAGUCAGCAGGAAGUCCAGAUACGGUAACAUCGUCGAAGAGCGACGGCAAUCUUUGCGGCAAAAUCAAGGCGGAGACCUCCAACACCAACCAUGUCUCGAAUAGUCGCAGUCAGCAUAACUUGAAACGCCACCAUCACCACCACCAACAAAACCAACAUCAACAGUGCUGCUCAGGCUUUGGGUCUAGCGGGAAGAAUCGGUUUCAAGGCAAUGCCUGCACUAUCGUAUAGGCAAAUGCACUAUCUCAGUCUGUGACAUAGCUAUUGUGUGAGGUUGAUAUAUUUUGUGAGGUGUUCGAGAGGGUGGUAAAAAACCAUUCGGACUUAAUUAAUAAUUUCCGAUAAUUUAAUUUUGACCUAGCGAUGAAUAGGUAUGACACCUUUGCCCAGCAAUACUAUUGUUCUCCAGUUUCAAUCAGUUAGCGUUGCAGUAUGCGAAUUAAUUCCAUUUCCUGAUACCUUUAAAACCUCUCUGGGCAAAUAACGCCUGCCUGGUGGAUGGGGGCUGUGUAGUGUGCGCAGGCGCUUCAAGGAGCCGACUUAAUUAUAGUCCAGUCAAGGUGUACACAUUUUCCGGAAUGUGCGUAUCGAAACGGGCCAUUUACUCCCAACUGGCUGUGUUCAAAAGAAUUGUUAAGAACUAUAACUGCUGGUACACCCAGGCGCUCGUUACAUCGUCACACCCAGUGAAAGUGCUGAAACACGCGCAUACAUGUUGUUCACACAGAAGGUGUUUCGACGCGAGUUGACAAGUCCUAGCGAGUGGCGAGCAUUUUGCAUUACACUUGCGUCAUGUAAUACGAUGCGCUGCAAAAUUACCGAACGCGCCUCGAUAUUGUGGAAUGUUCCACCUACAUCAUUGCAUAGAUAAGAGUAUCUAGUUUUCAUCAUUACUUAGAACUGGUAUCAUAAAAAGACCAUGCUAUACGCGUGUAGGUAUACAUAUAGCUCUGUGAACAUUAUCUAAUCUUCUCCUCGUUUUUCCCGUUUUAAACCAACCAUCAGGCUAGGCCAGUGGUGUAAGCUUACAAGCCAAACGCUGCUUUGAUUUUGAUCAAAAUUAGCCCUCCUUAGAGCUGCAGAUCAGAUAUGUCAAUAAAUUCGAUUUCGACAACGAUCCAAUUAAGCACCCUAUUUUAAAGAAACCGUGAUCGUAUAUUUUGCGUCCAGUGAUGUUGCGUGACUCCACAUCAGCUAUUCGUGAAAAAAUGACGUCAAGUAAAAUGACUCUGUACAUCCUGCGCAACAUCGUCAUUAGUUCAUGACGGAUUAAAUUUAGCGCAAUUUAAAUCGUCUGGGGGAAGUCAGUUGCGAACACAUAUCACAGAGCAAUUAAACGGAUUAACUAAGUCAAACAGGCCCAUACAAUUAGUCCAUACACAUUAUUUCCCUGCUUUACCAGUAGUUACUGUUCAUCUGGCAACGUAGCAUCGAGUCAUUUCGAGCAUGAUCCGUUUAUAUGUUUUUUGCGCUGCAAUGCAGAUACAUUAGUCAGCCGAACCGGAUCGGACUUGGCGGAAUCAAAAAUGGGAACCUCCAUAUCGGGCAGCUGCUGAGCAAAGAAUGAGCAGAACCUCAAAGCGCGACCGGAGGAAUCGAGAGUGAGUGACCAGCCGCGCACAGCGGUGUUGUCGGAUUUCGCCUCGCACCUUCCAGUGUGGCUGGAGAUCUUUGGGAACCUUAUUUAUGGACCAACCCUCGUAUAUUUGCGCAAUAUCAAACUAUUUCUCGUUUCAUGAUUUUCCUUUAAACGGAUUUUGAAUUUAACGUUUUUUUCACUUUAUCUGAUUAGUACCUAUAGGUACCGAUCUCUAAAAUUUCAAUCAACGUAAUUAUCUAUGAUCAGCGAUAUUGUUUUUGGAGUUAUGCUCGUCAUUUGUCAUAAGCAUAAACGGGGCAAUACUGUCAACAUGUUAUUUUUGAGGAAAAUGCUCGUAAUUACUGACAAAAUUAGAAAAAUGAAUUCAUUAUUGGAGAAUUAUGGUAGAAGAGUCACUACAAUGUUAUUUUAUUUAGCAAUCACCUAUAAAAACAGUUACCUCAAACCAAAAUAGAAUCAUCAAUCAGUGGCAUCAAUGCUAUAGUGACAAGAUAUUUGAAGUUAUGGUCAAGUAUAGAACCGAUGAAACCAACACAAAAAAAUAACAGCUAUUCCAUGAGAGCGAUGACUUAAGUGAUGACAGAUAACAGGGGUGUCGUGGUACCAAUAGUACGAGGUCUGUAAAUUAGGUGAUGAGACUGGCAACGUACCGUUCGAUCUGGUAAUACUGGAGGGGUGACUGGGGGACCUGUGAUCUGCCUUCAGUACAAGUUUGAACUCGCUCGAGUCAUUUGGUUGCCCGUAGCGAUUUGCUUUUGUGAAACAGUUUUUUCUAUUGUGUUCUAAAAAUGAGUGACAUCACUUUCAAGAAACCGUGUGCUAUCAGGUUUUGUACAGUGCAAAUGAGACUCUUGCUAAACUAGCCUAUGGAGACAGUAUUUUGUUAAGAGCCCAGGCUUUCGGUGGUUUAAGGUAUUUUCAGAAGGGAGAGAGUCGGUUGAAGAUGAACCACGGAGCAGAAGACUUUCAUUUUCAAGAACCGAUAAAAAUAUCGACAGAAUCCGGGUUGUGGGUUCAGAUCGUCGGUUGACAGUCAGAAUAAUCGGGGAAGUGUUAAAUUUGACUCACACCAAGGUUCAUCAGAUCAAGAACAGCUAAGUGUUACAUCCCGAUAAUGCUCCUUGUCACGCAGCAAAGUUAAUAAACGAGUUUUUGGCCAUUAAAAACAUACAUGUGGCUUCACAGCCUCCUUAUUCACCUGACUUGAGUCCUUGUGACUUUUUUCUCUUUCCGAAGUUGAAAAUCACCUCAAGGGAACUCAUUCUGGAACAGUCGAAAACAUUCAAACGGCUGUAACCGACCAGCUGAUGGCUAUUCCAGUACCGGUGUUCCAGCACUGCUAUGAGGAGUGGAAGGACCAUCUCCAGCGCUGUGUGACUUCAGAGGGAAGUCAUUUUGAGGGCAACAAUAUAAAAUUGUAUUUAUAUUUGAAUAAGAAAAUUAGAAAAAAUAAGUCUCAGUACUUAAUUUAUAGACCUCACAGGUCCGAUUUCGCCUUAAGACAAUAUUUUACUAAAAUAAACUACUUUCUUUAUUUAUUUUUAUGCAUUCUUUAGAACAAACGUGAAAAAUGGCAUCAAGUAGGUUGACUGCCCCUCCCAAGUAUCAUCAGUUCGUAAAGUAUUAUUUUUGGCGCAAAACAGCUCGACUGAGAGAAAAGUGAGCUCCAACAUUCAUAACAAAAAUGUUAAAUGGAUCAAGUCAAACAGGCUCAUGUUAUUAGUCCACAGUGCCCACCCAUUUCACAACGUUGCACUGCCCUACCGUCAGCACCGACCGUCUGGCAACAAUUAUAAGCUCACCAGUCAUCCAGCCAGUUCGUUGCGUUGCAUGCCACGUGUACUGAAAAUAAUUCUCCAUCAUUCUAAUGUUAGGCAAAUGAACGUAGAAAUGAAUGAUGCGUGAAUAAUAUUUAAUAGGUGUAAAGAAUGACCGUAAAUGGAAGGGCAUUAAUAUACUACUAACGUUAAAUAAUUGAGGUACACCUUCCGCCUACCCCCCUAAAGCCCUCAAUUGUUGAAGCCUACAAAUUUUCUGGGAAAUUAUUAGGAGCCUCCCAAAUGUUAUAAAACGAAGUUUGAGUGGUUUUUACUCUUUCGUUUUUCGCCAGUAGCUCUGUCGCCACUGGAUCGAUAUUCAAGAACUACAAACCCUUCUCGUUCUAGGCUAAGCAUAAUCAAUCAAAAUCUAUACUUUCCACGUUAUAGCGGACAGACAGACCGACGGAAAUGAGUGACACGGUUUUUUUGUGAUAUAAGAUCAAAUCAUUUUCGGAUUUUUUCGCGAUUACAAUAAUUCCCCAGAAGUUGGGAUGAGGAGUAAAAUAAAAGCAUCGCAUGUUCCUUGCUGAAUAGCCUCAAAGCUGUUGGGAUCUUCGUGUUUCUUAAUGCAUCUAAUUACCAUUGUCAGUUCAACGAUUUUGAAAGCCUGACUUUGUUAUAAAGAGAAACAGUGAUUACACGCUAUAAACAAAAGCCAGCCUUUUGGUUGUCUUCAUUACGGUAAAGAGAUAUUUCAACAAAAACCGCAGACAGUAAUUGCCUACGACAUAAUUAUUAAUUCUGAAAAUUAAUGGUUAUCAUUGUAGCGUUACAACCGCUUGCAGAGAUACCUCAUUGAGUUUUGAAUAAUGUUUGUCUUGAAUUUUUGAUACAUAUACCCAUGUCUCUUAACAAUCAAGAGAGAGCUCAGACGCGAUAAAAAAUGCACCUACUUCUUGUUAGCAGAAAACAAAAUGGUGAAAACCCAAGAUUAAAGACGUUCAAUAGCUAUUCAAAAAACAUAUUUAAGGGCAGGCUAGUAGUUUCAAAACGAAACUGAUGAGAGUUAUCUUGAAUGAAUUUCACUGUGACUCAAAUGUAGGAGCAAGAAAAAGGAGAAACCAUGUCAAACCUUAUAAAUCGACUAAUAGAAUUGAACGUUAUAUGGAAGAUUUCAAGUCCCAUCUACAAAAUUUUCAAGUGUAGCAAACCGUAUAGCUCAAAUGUGAGAAGCGUUUCCUAGUCUACUCUAGCAACAUUUUCAGUGAAAUAAAAUUUUGGACCAUUUUAUGAAAUAUGAUUUAAUACGAAAAGACAACUUUCUAAUGUAAUCAUCUUCCAUUCUUCCUACAUUUUCUAGUCAAUGUUGAAAGUCUAUAUUUUAAAGUGAUAUAGAAACAAAAAAAAAACAGGUUCUACCUGUUAUUCCAUAAGUUUUAGGAGGUAAGUUUUCAUUUUCUAGAUCUGUAAUGUUAAAAAUGUGCUGUACAUAGUUUAUUGUUAAUAUAAUAUUAAAUGUG